AUGGAUGGUGGACUUCCCAGUGUGGAGAGACCAUGGAAUCCCUCUGACUCUGAGCAACCUCGUACUGUGGGGGAUGGGGCCGGGAUUCAGGGGGAGAAGAAACGUUCCUGCCCGGAAUGUGGGGAAUAUUUUAGCUCUGAACUAAGUCUUACUGUACAUCAGAGAUAUCACACAGGUGAGAAGCUUCAUUCCUGUUCUGAGUGUGGGAAGUAUUUUCUUCAUAAAUCAGAACUGGCGAGACAUCGGAGAUCUCAUACGGGAGAGAAGCCGUAUUCCUGUAAUGAGUGCGGGAAAUGUUUUCCACACAAAUCAGAACUCGUUAUACAUCAAAGGUGUCAUACAGGUGAGAAGCCUUAUUCCUGCCCUGAGUGCGGGAAACGUUUUUCAGACAGGGCCAGUCUUUCCAGACAUCAGAGAUUGCACACAGGCGAGAAGCCAUAUUACUGCCCCGAGUGUGGAAAAUGUUAUACACGGAAAUCAGAACUCGUUAUACAUCAAAGAUCUCACACGGGGGAGAGGCCAUAUUCCUGCCCUGAGUGCGGAAAAAGUUUUUCACAGAAGUCCAAUCUCAACACACAUCAGAAGUCCCACACGGGGGAGAAGCCGUAUUCCUGUCUUGAUUGCGGGAAAUGUUUUUCACAGAAAUCCUGUCUAUCCAGACAUCAGAGAUUGCACACGGGCGAGAAGCCGUAUUCUUGCCGUGAGUGCGGGAAAUGUUUUCCACGGAAAUCAGACCUUGUUAUACACCAAAGAUCUCACACGGGUGAGAAGCCGUAUGCCUGCCCUGAGUGUGGGAAAUGUUUUUCACAGAAGUACAACCUAAACACCCAUCAGAGGUGUCACACGGGUGAGAAGCCUUUUUCCUGUCCCGUGUGUGGGAAAUGUUUUUCCCGAAAGUCCACUCUUACUGAACAUCAGAUCUGCCACACGCGGGAGAGGCAGUUUUCCUGCCCUGAGUGUGGAUCGGGUCUUAAUGAGCACAAAAGAUCUCACACGGGGGAGAAGCCACAUUCCUGCCCUGAGUGCGGGAAAUGUUUUUCAAAAAAGUCCUAUCUUUCUAUACAUCAGAGAUCUCACACAGGGGAGAAGCCGUUUUCCUGUCCGGAGUGCGGGAAGUGUUUUUCCUUUAAGUGCAAUAUUUACAAACAUCAGAGAUUGCACACAGGUGAGAAGCCAUUUUCCUGUCCUGAAUGCGGGAAAUGUUUUAUACAGAAAUCAGAACUUGUCACGCAUCAGAGGUUUCACACGGGGGAGAAGCCGUAUUCCUGCCCUGAGUGCGGGAAAAGUUUUUCAGACAAGUCCAAUCUCAACAGACACCAAAGAUCUCAUAUGGGGGAGAAGCUGCACUUUUGUCCUGAGUGCGGAAAAUAUUUUUCAGAGAAGUCUAGUCUUUACAGACAUCAGAGAUUGCACGCGGGGCAGAAGCCUUAUUCCUUUUCUAAGUGUGGGAAAUGUUUUAUAAAAAAAUCAGACCUUGUCACACACCAGAGAUCCCACUCUAAUCUUCACACACAUCAGAAAUUGCACACGGGGGAGAAGCCAUUUUCCUGUUCUGAGUGCGGGAAAUGUUUCUCAUACAAGUCCAAUCUUUACAGUCAUCAGAGAUUGCACACGGGUGAGAAGCCGUAUUCCUGUCCUGAGUGCGGGAAAUGUUUUUCACAGAAGUCCUAUCUUUACACACAUCAGAGAUUGCACACGGGGGAGAAGCCGUAUUCCUGCUCUGAGUGUGGUAAAUGUUUUUCACAGAAGUCCCAUCUUUACACACAUCAGAGAUUGCACACAGGUGAAAAGCCGUAUUCCUGUUCUGAGUGUGGGAAAUGUUUUUCAGAUUAUUCCUGUCUUUACAAACAUCAGAGAUCUCACACAGGGGAAAAGCCACAUUCCUGCUCUGAGUGCAGGAAAUGUUUCCAUUAUAAAUCCGGUCUUAAUGAGCAUAAAAGAACUCACACAGGGGAGAAGCCGUAUUCCUGCCCUGAGUGCGGGAAAUGUUUCAAUAAUAAAUCCGGUCUUAAUGAGCAUAAAAGAUCUCACACGGGGGAGAAGCCGUAUUCUUGUCCUGAGUGCGGGAAAUGUUUUUCAGUGAAGUCCAGUCUUUACACACAUCAGAGAGCUCACACGGGGGAGAAGCCGUAUUCAUGUUCUGAGUGCGGGAAAUGUUUCCGUUUUAAAUCUGAUCUUAUUAUGCAUUUAAGAUCUCACACGGGGGAGAAGCCACACCUCUGCACUGAGUGCGGGAAAUGUUUUGUAAAAAAAUCACAGCUUGUCAGACAUCAAACAGCCCACACGGCCUGUCCUGAGUGCGGGAAAUGUUUUGCAAGCAAGUCCAAUUUUUAUAGACAUCAGCGAUUGCACAAGAAUGAAAAGUUGUAUUUAUGUUCUCAGUGCGGGAAAUGUUUUUUACAAAAAUCAGAUCUUGUCAUCCAUCAGAGAUCUCACACGGGUGAGAAGCCGUAUGCCUGUUCUGAGUGCGGGAAAUGUUUUGCACAAAAAUCUGAUCUUGCCACACAUCAGAGGUCUCACACGGGAGAAAAACCAUAUUCAUGUUCUGAGUGUGGAAAACGUUUUAUAAAAAAAUCAGAUCUUGUUACACAUCAAAGGUCCCACACAGGGGAAAAACCAUAUUCAUGUUCUGAGUGUGGGAAAUGUUUUGUACAAAAAUCAGAUCUUGUCACACAUGAAAGGUCUCACACGGGGGAUAAGCCACAUGCCUGUCCUGAGUGCGGGAAAUGUUUUUCGGUUAAGUCCCAUCUUUACAGACAUCAGAGACUGCACACAGGUGAGAAGCCGUAUUCCUGUUCUGAGUGCGGGAAAUGUUUUGUGCAAAAAUCAAAUCUUAUCACUCAUCAAAGGUCUCACACAGGAGAAAAACCAUAUUCCUGCUCCGAGUGCGGGAAAUGUUUUGUGCAGAAAUCAGAUCUUGUCACACAUCAAAAUUCUCACACCGUUAAAUCUCAUCUUUACAGACAUCAGAGAUCUCACACGGGUGAGAAACCGUAUUCUUGUCCUGAGUGCGGGAAAUGUUUUUCACAGAGGUCCCACCUUUACAGACAUCAGAGACUGCAUAUGGGCGAGAAGCCGUAUUCCUGUUCUGAGUGCGGGAAAUGUUUUUCACAGAAGUCCCAUCUAUACACACAUCAAAGAUUGCACACGGGAGAGAAGCCACGUUCCUGUCCUGAGUGA